GACGUUGACGUGCACGGCAUCGUAAGGGACGUGAGGCAUGAAAGAAGGAAACAAAUAGAGGAAUCCGUCACUGGAGGUGGAGUGUGUAUAUGUCAGGUGUCUCAUGGAGUGAUAGCUCCUGAGGAGCCGGGUGAAGUCCAAACAUGAGCACAGAGUCGGGAACAUGUACCUUAAGAAAUCGCUGAGUGCCGGUGUUGCAUCUCCUCUGAACGGGCUCGGGAAACAAGAUCAUGAGUCAAAAAGACAGAGAAAAUUAAGGGAGAUUCGUCAGGCACUGAACAGAAGUCCCAUAGAUGUGGCCGCACUAAGGCGCAUGGCAAUAAGUGAAGGGGGACUUCUGACGGAUGAUAUUCGGUCACAAGUAUGGCCCAGACUUCUGAACAUCAGCACCAGUGAGCUACCUGCCAAACCAGGGAAGGAACUACGAGAAAAUAACAAAGAUUAUCAGCAAGUCCUUUUGGAUGUGCGCCGGUCUCUGCGUAGAUUCCCACCUGGGAUGCCCGAUGAGCAAAGGGAGGUGCUGCAAGAAGAGCUGAUCGACAUAAUUCUGUACGUUCUAAAGCGGAAUCCUCAGCUUCACUAUUACCAGGGCUAUCAUGAUAUUGUUGUCACCUUCCUGCUAGUCGUAGGACAAAGUCUGGCAACUGUUCUUGUGGAGAAGCUUUCCACUCACCAUCUCAGUGCUGAAGUUGGAACCAUCUUUGCUCUCAGUUGGCUUAUCACGUGGUUUGGACAUGUCUUAUCAGAUUUUCGUCAUGUCGUGCGGUUAUAUGACUUCUUUUUGGCCUGUCAUCCCUUGAUGCCUAUUUACUUUGCAGCUGUGAUUGUGCUGUACCGAGAGCAUGAAGUGUUAGACUGCGAAUGUGAUAUGGCUGACGUCCAUCACUUGCUGUCCCAAAUUCCACAGGACUUGCCUUAUGAGACCCUGAUCAGCAGAGCUGGGGAUCUCUUUGUUCAGUUUCCUCCUUCAGAACUUGCCAGGGAAGCAGCCCAACAGUAUAAUCAGAG